CCAAAAUCUCAGACAGAGCAUAGGACAGAGCAAACACGCACAUUUACGCACAUAGAACUAAAAAAACAUGACAAAUAAAUCGCCACGACUGCCCCGCAAGGCCUUCGCGCUGCCCGGCCCACCGGCGCCGCCGAACUCGCCCGCGCUACUACAAAACAAGCUGCCCACCCCCCCGAAAGACAGCUUCGCCCUGCGCGUCGUCGAGGGCAUCGAAGACGCCGCCCUCGUCGAAAUCAAAUGCGACGCGCCGGCCACGAAGACCGCAAUCGAGCUCAUGGUCGUCUUGGACAUUUCUGGCUCGAUGUCGACCGAAUGUAAGGUACAAGACGCGUCCGGCCAAGCGCAGAAGCACGGCUUCUCGAUUUUGGACGUCUGCAAGCACGCGACGCGGGCGCUGGCAGCGACGCUCGACGCCGACUCGAGACUGGGUCUGAUCACCUUCGACAAUAUCGCGGAGCUGGUCUUGCCGUCGGCGAGCGUCGACGAGGACCACGUAGCGUUCCGGCGUCCGAAACUUCAAUCGCGGCGCGCAAGGCUGCUCACAGCAAACCCACAACUUAUUUCUUUCCUGAAGAAAAUAGUGCAGCCUGUAAGCGCGCCGCUUCGGCUCGACGGCGCGCGCCUCACCGCCGCCCGCGCAGGUCAAACAGCUCCACACGGUCCUCGACGACCUCGCCCCCCGGGGGUGCACGAAUUUGUGGGGCGGCCUCGAAAAAGCAUUGGGCGAGCUCAACAAGCAGGGGUCGUCGCUGCCCAGGGCCGUCGUGUUGCUGACGGACGGCCUCCCGAAUACGAGACCCGAGGGCGGCGAGGUCGAGGCGCUGCGCAAGAUGAAGCGACUAGAGAAGGACGUCAGCGACAUCACGGUCCACACGUUCGGCUUCGGCUACUCGUUGGACGACGAGGUCCUCGACGGCCUCGCGAGCGAGGCGGGCGGCAUCUUCGCCUUCGUGCCCGACGCGGGCAUGGUCGGCACGACCUUCACGAACCUGUCGGCGUCGCUCCGGGCGUCAGCCGCGUCGGACGCACUUUUAAAUGAUCUGCCGCUGGGCGACCUCCGCCGCGGCGAGACGAAACACGCGCUCUUGGCGAACCCCGAGAAGCUUCUCCUGACGGACCGCCAAGGGCAAAACCUAGCCCGCGCGACCGGCGUCGUCCACGUGGCGACCGUCGCCGACCGGCGCUUCGCGGCGGCCGAGCGCUUCCGCAUGCAGCUCAUCGACGCACUUCGCAUCUCGCCGCCUCCAGCUGAGAUGGUGAGCUUCCAGCCGGGCGACCGAAUAGAGGCCCAGUUCCAGGGCCGCCAGACGUGGUACGCGGGGACCAUCUCCAGGGCGACGGCGACGGGCUACGACGUCGACUACGAUGAUGGAGACAGGGAGCAGAACGUAAGCGCAACGCUCAUCCGGAGCGAAGUGACGGACGCCUGGGCGUCGACGCGCCGCGUAUGUGCCGAGCUCGCAGUCGAGGCGCGAGAAAUGCUCGCCGGGCCCCUCUUCGGGUUGGGGAACGAGCUCGCCGCGGCGGACGCGAGCGCGGCGGUCGCGGUGGCGAAGGCGAGCGGCGCCGGCGCGAGUGAUGCGCUGCGGGAGAUGGCCCGCGCGGAUGCGUGGCGGGACGGCUGGGAGGCGGCCUUAAGACGGGCGCCGCCUCGCUCCGAGCGCCGCAUCGCGCUGGCGUUGUCGCUGCCGAAGGGGGCUCCAACGAGCGAGGUCUACGAACUGGCUGGUUUGGUCGGUACCGAUGUGGCGGCGAAUCGUAUCGCGGGAGGCAUCAUGGAUCUCGAAGGCCAAGUCAAGAUAGCCACGUCGUCCCAGCGCGAGUGGAAGCGGUGGGGCCGGUACUACUGCCGGUCUCUUGCGUCCGCGCACCGACGCGGGACGUGCCACAACUUUAAGGACCAGAGCGUGCAGCACUACUUCGGCUCGGUCGCGAAGGAUCUCCUGGCAGAUGCGGAUGCCGCCUUCUCAAAGUUACCGCCGCCGAAGCCGUCGAGGGAAGGUUGCGGCGUCGCGUCGGGCGCGGCGAUGGCGCGCGCCUACCACUACCGCGGCAACGGCUGUGUCGCUGGCGACUCGUUGGCCCGGCUGUUCGACGGUACGAGGAAGCGCGUUUCCGACGUCGUCAAGGGCGAUGUGCUCGUGGACGCGCUGACAAAUGGACCGGCGGUCGUCCGGUGCGUGGUCCGGACGCGCAUGCUAGAUCCAACCCUCUACGCCGUCGGCGACGUCCGCGCGACGGCGUGGCACCCGUGCAUGGCGCCAGGCGGCGAUCGGUGGAGCUUCCCCGCCGAAGUCACGAUGCCAGUCGUCGAUCGCGACGUGGCCUACGUUUACAGCUUCCUGUUCGAGGGCCGAGCGACCGGCUACCUCUCGGUCGGCGGGACGGCAGUUAUCGGCCUCGGCCACGGCAUCACUGAUGACUCGGUCGCGGCGCACCCGUUCUAUGGGACCGAGCGCGUCGUUGAUGCGCUCAAGGACUGUUACGGGUUCUCCGAGGGACGGGUCGACCUGCUGGACGGCGCCUACGUGCGCGCUGCCGGAAAUCGCUACGUCUCGGCGAUCGACCCCGACCGCGUCGUCGGGCCGAUGGCGUCGCGGACCGUCCCCACGAUAGCCGUCGAGGCGCCGCUCGUCGCGGCCAGCGCGUGAACGCGCAUCUCUCCCUUCCCUCUACCCUGUCCCAAAAAAGAACGCACCUCCUCUCUCCCCUACAUGUCCCCAAAGAAGAACGUAAGCUCAUGUAUAAGUCGUCGACAUGUUUAGGCCGCGCGCGAUAAGGGGGACAUCGGGUAAGGUGAUGGGGGGG